GCCGUGUACGCAUGCGUGUACGUACGUGAUGAAGGCGGGCCGCCAGACAUUGGCGCAUGCGCAGUUCUUAUGUGUCCGAGGUGGCCGCUAGCUCGCUGGUCGUCUGGAAGUGGAACCACUACGACUCUUUGGUGUGAGAUGCCAAGGCCUGGUCCAUGGGUGUGAGCCGGCUGGAUGUGUUCUACAGAAGACUGCUCCUCACCAAGCUCUUCAUCGGAGGGUGGGGCAAGCCUGAAGACCUCAAGAGGAUCUUUGAGUUCCGGAAGAUCAUUGGAGACAGAGAGAGGUGCCGGACCCUGGUUCCUGAGAACUACCCGGUCCACAUCACUCAGACAGAGGAGCUUGCCGACUGUCACAUCCAUGAUGGUUUCUUCAUCUCCCCCCUGGAGCAGCUGGUUCCAGGAAUCCUGCCGCCCGAGGCGGUUAAAGCUAGAUUCCAGUUCGUAGUUCCUAAGAAGUGGCAAAAGAACAGACCAGUCUGUAUCCAGCUGGCUGGGACCGGAGACCAUUUCUUCUGGCGGCGGCGGACUCUGAUGGCCCGGCCCAUGGUUCGAGAGACGGGGAUGGCCUCGGUGCUUCUGGAGAACCCUUACUAUGGCUACCGUAAACCCAAGGACCAGCUGCGUUCCAGUCUGAAGAACGUGUCAGACCUGUUUGUGAUGGGAGGAGCUCUGAUCCUGGAGUCCACUGUGCUGCUCCGGUGGCUGGACAGGGAGGGAUACUGGCCGCUGGGGAUGACCGGCAUCUCCAUGGGGGGAUACAUGGCGUCUCUGGCCGUCACCAACUGGGACAAGCCCAUCCCCCUGGUCCCCUGCCUGUCCUGGUCCACGGCCUCCAGCGUCUUCACCACGGGGGUUCUGAGCAGAGCGGUGAACUGGACUGAACUGGAGAAGCAAUACUCUGUUAACUCAGAAGUCUACGAGAAGGAGAUCAUAAAGAUGUUGGAGUACUGCGGGGCUGAUUCCUUUAAGACGGUUCCUGACCCUCUGAGCCGUCUGUCCGGCCUGUCCAGGUCCGUGGACCAGCACUUCAGAACCAGAGGAGAGCCUGGGGGGCUCUCUGGAGGGGGCGGGACCCCACACAGGGAACACAAUGGGAUGUCAUCAGGCCCCUGCAGUGGAAACACUAUGGAGGCUCCGCAAAGCUCUCCCCACUGGAAGAAGACGGACUCGGUGAAAUGUUGUCGGCCAUCUCUCCAGGGGGAAUCCAUCAGCUUCAUGAAGGGAGUGAUGGAUGAAUGCACACACAUGGCCAACUUCUCCGCCCCCGUGGACACCAGCCUCAUCAUCGUGGUCCAGGCCAGAGCAGACGCCUACAUCCCCCGGACCGGAGUCCUGGGUCUGCCGGAGAUCUGGCCCGGCUGUGAGGUCCGAUACCUGAACGGAGGACACAUCAGCGCGUACCUGUUCAAGCAGAAUGUCUUCAGACGGGCCAUCUACGACGCCUUUGACAGAUUCUGCCUGAAGUAUCCAAACCUGCACUAGUCCUGGAUUCUGACGACCCCCUUUCUGCACCAGAACCAGAACCCUGACCAGAAGAAGCACCAGCUCCAAACAAGGACCAUCUCCCAGAGAUCCAGACUGAUCUGUCUCUGCUGAACAUGAAGCGUCUCCGAGGAGCAGCAGCUGAAAUCCUGCAGAAAUCCUGCUGAAAUCCUGCCGGUUCCUGCUCCAACCUGAACCAGAACCCGACUCCAUCCGUCAGCUGAUCAACUGCUGCUAAACAACUGCAGCUCUGGUUCUGCUGAGUCCUGGAGAUGCACUAACUAGAGCAGCUGAACUGUUGCACCGAUGGUAUUAAUGUUAGAAAAUAAAUGUCUUUGAUCAGCCUUGAACCCUGUGAUGGAAAAUUCAGCCUUGAUUAACCCAAACUGCUGAGAGCAGCAAAACAACAGCCAAAUGUACAGACAAAAGAUUAACACGGACCGUAAAGAUGUUUUUGUCAACUCAAAUCGUAAGAAUGAACCAUCCUUUGUGCCUUAAAAUCAUUCUGCUUCCUUUGCUACGUUGUCAUUCUGCAUCAAGAUGCCUGAUGUUUGUUCUGACCCUUUUGCAUGCAAUAGUUUAAAUAAAUGUACUGAAAUCUG